GGCACUGAAAGGCAGCACUGAUACAUGACACUGAUAUAUGGCAGUAUUAAGCGGCACUGACUGGAACUGAUAGGCGGCACUGACAGGUGGCACUGAUUGGCAUUGAUAGGUGGCACUGACUGGCACUGAUGGGUGACAUUGAAAGGCAGCUCAGAUGGGCACUGAUAUGUGGCAUUGAUGUGGCACUGAUGGACACUGACAGCGUGACAGCUGGAGAGGAGAGAAAUGCUGAUAACCGGCAUUUCCGUGUUUACAUGCGAUCAGCUGUGAUUGGACACAGCUGAUCACAUGACCGAACCGACA